UCACAACACGGUUGCUCUCCAUUCGAAGAAGACGAGUACCAGGUACCGUACUGCACGGUGAUCUUUGACAGGCAAUAGCGCUUCGAUAGACAGUUAGCUUGACUAGUCAGUGACAACACGCACCAGUAACAUGCCGCUCGGARAAAUCCCGGCAGCAACAAGAUUUGCCUGCGUCGCCGCCAAGUCGACGAAGRUCCUGCGGUCCCGGGGGAUAUCAUCGUCGUCCUUCUUCUCGUCGAUGGGGGGAGAAGGACGCCGCAAUGCUGCAGCAACUAGCUGCAAAAAAUUUCGAACGCACAAUCCACAGCCACCACAAAACCAUCCGGGUAGACGGAAUUACUCGGCGAUGCAGCAAAGGCAGCUCCAGAACCACCCCAGACGUCGUGUCCCAACGGAACCGAGAGCCAUUGGCCCAAACGCAUUCCACGCUAUAAGCGUCAAGAGCAGCAGUCCCAUUGUCCACCACUCGGUCUCCAAGAGAUGGCACGGUGGCCCGCAUGUCGACCGCGACCACGCCGAUUCCGUCCACGUCACCUUUGUGGACUCGGAGCAGACCCCCAUCGCCGAGAACGUCGACGCCUACGUCGGGGAAUCCUUGCUCCAGGUCGCCCAGCGCAACGAUAUAGAGCUAGAGGGUGCCUGCGAGGGCGUUUGUGCCUGCAGCACCUGUCACGUGAUCUUUCCCGACGAGGACACCUUUUACAACCUCCUGGAGGAGGCCUCGGAGGACGAGGAAGACAUGCUGGACAUGGCGUAUGGGCUGACGGAAACGAGCCGGCUGAGCUGCCAGAUCCUCGUGACUUCCGAGAUGGAAGGAAUGAUGAUCGAGAUUCCAAAGGCGACCCGGAAUUUCUACGUGGACGGRCACGUUCCGCAACCGCAUUAGCGCAGCUUUGUAGCGGGGCCGUUGGUUCCUUUUGCGGCUUGGCAACGAAUGCGUGGACGAAGCGGGGUGUGAUUGCCUCACUCUUCCCAGCAGCACUAGAAGAAAUGAUUUCCACGAAAUAUGAGUGUUGUUUGCAAGAGAAAAUGAGCAUGGAUGCAAUGCCAUGCCAUGCAAUGCAAAAUAACUCCGUGCUGGCAUUCUUCAAUACCAUGUCGAAAAAGCUUCGACAAGUAACCUGAAUAUAUUCCAACCCAUCGGACACUAUUCCAUGACUCCUAGUCUGUAAUACUACCAUAUUCCAACGAAUAAAUGAAUCAAUCAAUCAAUUAUUCAACC